AUCAAUCUAUAGACACUGAUGAACACACUGAACAAAUACAAGUAGUUUAAUGAUUCAAAAAUGUGCGAAAAAAAAAAUUUCAAUUUCAGAAUUCCAAAAUGAUACACUAUUCGUUUGUUUGGCUAUGAUGAUGAUGAUGAUGAUGAUGAUGAUAAAUAGAUAUAAAAAUUGGUCGAUUGAUGGAUUAUUUCAUCACCAAGUAAUUCAUUUUAAUUUGUUAUCUCUAUUCUCAAUUCAAUUCAACACCAGUGGUUCAUCAGUGAAAGUAUUUGUGCAGCUGUCUUGAUUCGAAAAAAAACAACAACACAUCAUUGACGAAUCGAAUGAUUGAAUAAAUUUUCUGCCCGCUAAAAUCUUGUGUGAUAUAAAAAAAAAUCGUUCCAUAUCCGAUCGAAAUUGUUCCGAGAAAACAAAAAAAAAACAAUGUCCUACAAUUCAAUUUGUUUUCCAAUCAUCACCAUUAUCAUUAUGAUGACCAUUUAUCGAAUUGAAACAAAAUAUUCAAUCAAUAAAGCCGAAAUAAUUAGACCAAAUUUAAUCGAAAUAAAAACCAAUGAUGGUGAGAUCGAUAAAUCGAUUACCGCAAACACCACCAAAACAACCAAUACUAAAUAUCUAUUAACAUUCAAUACGAAAGAACAAAUUUUUUAUGCCGUAUUGGACAAAAUAAAUGCUUCAAAUUCCAACAUUGAAUGUGAUUUCUAUCAAGGAAAACUAAUCGUACCGAUGGAUUCAAAUGGCAUUAUAGCGGCUACAAUUUGUCCAGAUAAUUCUAAUCAAACAAUUUUGUAUGCAACAAUCAUGUUGAAUAAUGAAACCAUUGUGAUAAGAUCAUCAUUUGUUUCGAAUUUGAAAACUUUUGUCAAUAUCAAUGAUGAUGAUGAUGAUGAUAAUAAGAGGUCUAUUAAUAUAACUGAUGAUUUCAAUAGCACCAAUGAAAUUUGUUGUCCAUCUAAUCAACCACAAAACCAUCAAAAAUUCGGAUGGAAAAUUCAAAAAUUUGAUUCACAUCAUUUAUAUCGUAUUUCGAUGGAAAAUUCCAACAUGAAUCGAAAACUAAUAAUCAGAAAACGAGACACAGUAAAACAACAACAAAUUGGCGGAAAUUUACCGGAUAAAAUUUACGAUAUUGAAACAAUAAUUUUUGUUGAUCAAUCAUUGAUUGAAAAUUUUAAUGGCGCAAGACAAGAUUUAGAAAAAUUGAUACUUGCCAUUAUGAAUGAAGUGCAAUUAAUUUAUAAUUUCGAUACAAUGAAAACAAAAAUUCGUAUUGUUAUCAAAAAAAUUGUUUAUUUAGAUCGUAAUAAUCAGAAUGAUGUUGGUGUACCAAAUACAGCCGAUGGUGAUAUUGAUCAAUAUUUAGAUAAUUUUUGUGCAUGGCAAAAAAGACUGUGGAAACGAACAGCCGUUAAUCAACGUUGGGAUCAUGCACUCAUGUUGACCGGAUUGGAUCUCUAUAAAAUGAUGGCCGAUGAUGAAAAAAAUAAAAAAGUUUUAGGCCUUGCAUGGGUGAAUGGAAUGUGUCGACCAUCAUAUAGCUGUACAUUGAAUGAAGGAAAAAAUUUUGAAUCUGCAUUUGUUAUUGCACAUGAGAUGGCACAUAGCCUAGGAAUGUUACACGAUGGUUAUGAUAAUAAUUGUGAAUCGGAUAAAUAUAUUAUGUCGGAAAAAACUGGACCAGGUAAAAUUCAUUGGUCACCAUGUAGUAAUUUAUAUUUGGAAAAUUUUCUAAAAAAAUCCAAUUUAAAAUGUUUGGAAAAAACAUCUGAUCAGACACCAUUUUUAUAUACAAGUCCAUUGGAUGAUCAUCACGAUUAUCGUUUGCCUGGUGAACAAUAUGAUUUACAACAACAAUGUCAAUUAGCAUUGGGUGAUCAAUAUCAACCAUACAUUUCGAAAAGAUCUCCAUUCAAUGAUAUCUGUAAAGAAUUAUGGUGCUCAUAUGGACAUUGGGCAUCACCAGCACAUCCUGCACUUGAAGGCAGUCGCUGUGGUGAUGGAAAAAAAUGUUCACAAGGUUCAUGUAAUGUUGUUGUACAUGCAGCAAAUACAUUGAUGAACAAUAAUAAAUCCAUAUCGUAUCUAAAUCGUGAUCAACAACAACAACAACAACAUAAUGGCCGUACAAAUUCCAGUCAAUCACCAUCAUCAUUCAUGAGACGUGUGCAACGAUUUUUAAAAAGUACCAUAAGAUCAAUAGUGAGAUUUUUUUCUGGUUAAUUAAUGUUGAUGAUGUUUUUUAUUUUUUUUACUUUGUUUAAAAAAUAAUUUAUUUAUAUAAAAAAAAUGAAUAAUAUAAAGUUGAAACGCACACAGCAUA